GGUAAAUAGAUGUUAUUGUCCCCAUCAGUCGCCAGCACAGUAGGACAUCAGUGAAACAUGAAUGACUCUGAGGACGGAAGGAUGCAGCAGCUGUGCUCCCUGGAUGAGGAACACCUGAUAACCAGCGGCACCAGAUUCUCCAUCAAAGGCUUCAGAUUCGAACCACCCUAUGUCCUCAAAAGAGCUGCAGGGCACCUGUGCCACGGCCAUGUCCCUGUUGUGCUGCAGCUGUUGUGCCUCACGCUCUCUGCUGUUCUCCUUCUGGCUGUCCUCAUCAAAGUCUCCAGUAUUGCCAACACCCAGGGACAAGAACAGGUGAAGAAGGAGAAGGUUUACAAGGAGAUGAGCCAACUGAAGCCUCAAAUAAACCGCCUGUGCCGCCCCUGCCCCUGGGACUGGACCCUCUUCCAAGGAAACUGUUACUACUUCUCCAAGUUCCAACAGAACUGGCAUGACUCUGUCACCGCCUGCAGCGAAGUAGGAGCCCAACUAGUGGUUAUCAAAAGUGAUGAGGAGCAGAGCUUCCUGCAGCAGAUGUCUAAAGAGAAAGGCUAUGCCUGGAUGGGUCUGUCAGACCUGAAGCAUGAAGGCAUGUGGCACUGGCUGGAUGGUUCACAUUUGCUGUUCAGUUUCAUGAAAUAUUGGAACAAAGGAGAGCCCAACAAUGACAGAGAAGAAGACUGUGCAGAAUUCAGAGAUGAUGGCUGGAAUGAUGCUCCAUGUGCGGUGGAGAAAUACUGGAUCUGCAAGAAGUCUGCUAUGUCCUGCACCAGAAACUGA